AUGAUGAUCCUGGGCUGGUCUGGAAUCCGGCUUCAGCGUGUGGUUAAUGACGAUAAUUCCUGUUUCUUCGACAAGGAGCGCAAGAAAGCUCUGGCCGUGCUCCGAUCGCACGGACUUGUCCACAACAACAGCGGAUGGCGCAAUACGUUGUGGGAUGAACUAAGUGGCUUCAUGGUUAUCAUUGACCUAGAGGACGUGAAAUGGUUGAAGCGACCGCGGGCCCUUGAACCGAUUUCUGGUAAUACAAGACGUGUUUAUCGCGCCGCGGCGGCGGAAAGCAGGAAUAGGCUCCUGUGCAGCUCAACUGCUGUCUGCACAUGA